AAAAGAAAGCGCCGGAAAGUAGUACCUAGCAAUUCCAAUUAUUUACAGCCAAGGUACAUGCGUAUCCCUUGAAACUUCUUCCAAAGAAGGAAUGCAUGACCAUCCGAUCUUAAUUCAUCUGCAGUUACAGGUCUUUUUCAGGUCUUUUUCAGGUAUGAAUGUAUCUGGUACCUUAGGAAUACAUUCAAUAAUUGUAGGUACCUAAAUUCGAUCUUAGGUUCGGUACUUUGGCAUUACAUAUUCGACCCACCGCCUUCUUCCCAUUCAUUUAUUCAUUUACAACUUCCAGAACUUCUUGAUCUUAAUUAUUAUCAACCUUUUUCGUCGUCAUCAUCAAUUUUUUCCCCUUCGUUUUGUUUCUUUUGAAACAGUCCAACCUAUCUCAUUGUCGUCGGCGCCUAGACGCGAGCAAAACAUCCUCGAAUCCAAUCAAGAAUCCCAUACACGACUUACAUCCAUCCAUCCGUCAAUCAAAAAUCAUCAAAGAUGGCUAGUCAAGAUUAUUACCAAGGCCCUCAUCAGGGUUACGCACCUCAAGGCUACCCGCCGCAAGCUCCUCCGCAGGCGUAUGGCCCUCCUCAAGGCCAGUACUACAACGCACCCCCGGGCCAACCGCCGAUGCAGUACCAGCAGCAACCCCCUCAAGAGAGGAAGUCGGGUGGUGGUGGCUGUCUCCAAGGCUGUCUGGCAGCGCUGUGCUGUUGCUUCGUCUGUGAAGAGGGAUGCGAGUGCUGCGCCGAGUGCUGCGAAUGCUGUUUCGAGAUGUGUUAAGUUAAGGGUGAUGCCUAUUUAAGCCGAUACGACAACGAACAACCCUAACGAAAUGAGAUGGCGGAUCGGCUGCCCUAGGAGGAGGAGUUUGCUUUUUUGAGAUGAAGUUGUCGAAUAAUAGUUGCGCACGCAAAAAAUGCUACCUCGACGGUAUCAACUUCGACAUCCAGGAAUGAAUAGAAAUUCGAUAGGGUAAAUCGGUCUUUUGCAGAUGUUGGGUGCAAUGAGAUUAUCUCAACGCUUUUAUGGCGGAUGCUUUCCCGCGAACUCGACUACUUUUUUUCGUUUUUUUUCUUUUUCAGUUUAUGAACAGAUCCAGAUACCUACCAAAAAUCAAGUUAUAUAAUGGUAUUGGACCGGCUUUUGCUUUCAUGUUAUGACAAUAGGAAAUGGAAUAUAGGCCUUCCUCGCCUUUUCCCAUCAUAAAAUUCUCUUCUGUAACUGGAAGUAGCAUUCGCAUAUCAGUACUACUGCAGUUUGUGAAAUCGAUAAGUUUUAUUACAUGAAUGUUUACUCUAAUUUAAGAAUCGUG